UAGGCCCGGGCCCGGCCAGCGGCGCUCGAGGCGGGGAGGGAAGUUGCGGUGCCGCCGCUCCUCCCCCCCUCCACCAGGUUUCCUAUUUACCGAGAGCGGAGUCGCGGGUUCUGACGGUGGCGGAGCCCCUUGCCUCUCUUCGCGCACCAGCCGGCCCUGUUCUCCCGCGCGGGGCUCCGGCGCCCGCCCGUGGGCGGCUGGGAGCGGGAGAGGCGGAGGCGGCCCGAGGCCAAAGCACCCGCCAGGCGCCGAGGAGAAUAUGAAACAGGUGUCAAAAUGACAUCCAGAUUUGGGAAAACAUACAGUAGGAAAGGAGGAAAUGGCAGUUCAAAAUUUGAUGAAGUCUUUUCCAACAAACGGACCACCCUUAGCACAAAGUGGGGAGAGACCACAUUUAUGGCUAAAUUAGGUCAGAAGAGGCCCAAUUUCAAACCAGAUAUCCAAGAAAUUCCGAAGAAACCUAAGAUGGAAGAAGAAAAUACUGGCGAUCCUUUUGGAUUUGAUAGCGAUGAUGAGUCUCUACCAGUUUCUUCGAAGAAUUUAGCCCAGGGUAAGGGUUCCUCUUAUUCAGAAUCUAAUGAAGCUGCUCAGCUGGAAGAUGUCACUUCUGUACUUGAAGCUAAUAGCAAAAUUAGUCAUGUGAUGGGUGAAGACAGCGUUGUAUCUGAUAAAUGCUUGCGUUUGGAGGAUACUUUGCUUGGGAAAGAAAAGAGCACAAACCGUGUCUUGGAAGACAAUGCAAGCAGAAGUAGCUGUGCUAAAUUAAUGACUUCAGAUAAAGUGGAGAACUUUAGUGAAGAACAUGAUAAGAAUAGUCUCCAUAUUUAUAAAAAUGCUGAAGACAGUGCUAAGAAAUCCAAUGUAGAAACCACAGCGGCUUCUGGACACAAAGCUGAUGAAAUCAAGGAAACAAAUGAUGCUUGGAACUCCCAGCUUGGAAAAAGGUCAGAAUCUCCAUCAGAAACAUCUCCAAUUAAGGGAUCUGUAAGAACUGGUUUGUAUGAAUGGGAUAAUGAUUUUGAAGAUAUCAGAUCAGAAGAUUGCAUUUUAAGUUUGAAUAGUGAUCCUCUUUUGGAGAUGAAGGAUGAGGAUUUUAAAAAUCGGUUGGAAAAUCUAAAUGAAGCCAUUGAGGAAGACGUCAUGCAAAGUGUUCUUAGGCCAAGCAACUGCAGGACGUACUGUAGGGCCAAUAAAGCAAAAUCCUCACAAGGAGCAUCAAAUUUUGAUAAGCUAAUGGACGGCACCAGUCAGGCCUUAGCCAAAGCAAACAGUGAAUCGACUAAAGAUGGCCUGAAUCAGGCGAAGAAAGGCAGUGUGAGUUGUGGGACCAGCUUUAGAGGGACGGUUGGACGGACUAGAGAUUAUACUGUUUUGCAUCCGUCUUGCUUGUCAGUUUGUAAUGUGACCAUACAGGAUACUAUGGAACGCAGCAUGGAUGAGUUCACUGCUUCGACUCCUGCAGAUCUGGGAGAAGCUGGCAGGCUAAGAAAAAAGGCAGAUAUUGCAACUUCUAAGACCACUACUAGAUUUCGACCUAGUAAUACUAAAUCUAAAAAGGAUGUUAAACUUGAAUUUUUUGGUUUUGAAGAUCACGAUGAGACAGGAGGCGAUGAAGGAGGUUCUGGGAGUUCUAAUUACAAAAUUAAGUACUUUGGCUUUGAUGAUCUCAGUGAAAGUGAAGAUGAUGAAGAUGAUGACUGUCAAGUGGAAAGAAAGACAAGCAAAAAAAGAACUAAAACAGCUCCAUCACCCUCCUUGCAGCCUCCUCCAGAAAGCAAUGAUAAUUCCCAGGACAGUCAGUCUAGUACUAAUAAUGCAGAAAACUUGGAUUUUACAGAGGACUUGCCUGGUGUGCCUGAAAGUGUGAAGAAGCCCCCAAAUAAACAAGGAGAUAAAUCGAAGGAAAAUACCAGAAAGAUUUUUAGUGGCCCCAAACGGUCUCCUACAAAAGCUGUAUAUAAUGCCAGACAUUGGAACCAUCCAGACUCAGAAGAAAUACCUGGGCCACCAGUAGUAAAACCUCAGAGUGUCACAGUGAGGCUGUCUUCAAAGGAACCAAAUCAAAAAGAUGAUGGAGUUUUUAAGGCUCCUGCACCACCACCCAAAGUGAUAAAAACUGUGACAAUACCUACUCAGCCCUACCAAGAUAUAGUUACUGCACUGAAAUGCAGAAAAGAAGACAAAGAAUUAUAUACUGUUGUUCAGCAUGUGAAGCACUUCAAUGAUGUGGUGGAAUUUGGUGAAAAUCAGGAGUUCACUGAUGACAUUGAGUACUUGUUAAGUGGCUUAAAGAGCACUCAGCCUCUAAACACACGUUGCCUUAGUGUUAUUAGCUUGGCUACUAAAUGUGCCAUGCCCAGUUUUCGAAUGCACCUGAGAGCACACGGCAUGGUAGCAAUGGUCUUUAAAACCUUGGAUGAUUCCCAGCAUCAUCAGAAUCUGUCCCUUUGUACAGCUGCCCUCAUGUACAUACUGAGUAGAGAUCGUUUGAACAUGGAUCUUGAUAGAGCUAGCCUAGAUCUAAUGAUUCGACUUUUAGAACUGGAACAAGAUGCUUCUUCAGCUAAGCUGCUGAAUGAAAAAGACAUGAAUAAAAUUAAAGAAAAAAUUCGAAGGCUCUGCGAAACUGUACACAAUAAGCACCUUGAUCUAGAAAAUAUAACGACUGGACAUUUAGCUAUGGAGACGUUACUGUCCCUUACUUCCAAACGAGCAGGAGACUGGUUUAAAGAAGAACUCCGGCUUUUGGGUGGUCUGGAUCAUAUUGUAGAUAAAGUGAAAGAAUGUGUGGAUCAUUUAAGUAGAGAUGAAGAUGAAGAAAAGCUAGUGGCCUCGUUAUGGGGAGCAGAGAGAUGUUUACGAGUUUUAGAAAGUGUAACAGUGCAUAAUCCAGAGAAUCAGAGCUACUUGAUAGCAUAUAAAGAUUCACAACUCAUUGUUUCAUCAGCUAAAGCAUUACAACAUUGUGAAGAAUUAAUUAAGCAGUAUAACCGUGCUGAGAACAGUAUAUGCUUACCUGACAGUAAGCCUCUGCCUCACCAGAAUAUCACUAACCACGUGGGCAAAGCGGUGGAAGACUGCAUGAGGGCCAUCAUUGGGGUGCUGCUCAAUUUAACUAAUGAUAAUGAAUGGGGCAGCACCAAAACAGGAGAGCAGGAUGGCUUGAUUGGCACAGCGAUGAACUGUGUGCUUCAGGUUCCAAAGUACCUACCUCAGGAGCAGAGAUUUGAUAUUCGAGUGCUGGGUUUAGGUCUACUGAUAAAUCUAGUCGAGUACAGUGCUCGGAAUCGGCACUGUCUUGUCAACAUGGAAACAUCGUGUUCUUUUGAUUCUUCCUUCUGUAGUGGAGAGGGAGAAGACACUUUAAGGAUGGCUGGACAAGUCCAUGCAGUUCAGGCUUUAGUGCAGCUCUUCCUUGAGCGAGAGAGAGCAGCCCAGUUGGCAGAAAGUAAAACAGAUGAGUUGAUCAAAGAUGCUCCCACCACUCAGCAUGAUAAGAGUGGAGAGUGGCAAGAAACAAGUGGAGAAAUACAGUGGGUGUCAACUGAGAAGACGGAUGGUACGGAAGAGAAACAGAAGAAGGAGGAAGACGAUGAAGAACUUGACCUCAAUAAAGCUCUUCAGCAUGCUGGCAAACACAUGGAGGAUUGCAUCGUGGCCUCAUACACAGCGCUACUUCUUGGGUGUCUCUGCCAAGAGAGUCCAAUCAAUGUGACCACUGUGCGGGAGUAUCUUCCAGAAGGGGACUUUUCAAUAAUGACAGAGAUGCUCAAAAAAUUCCUGAGCUUCAUGAAUCUUACCUGUGCUGUUGGAACCACAGGCCAGAAGUCUAUCUCUAGAGUGAUUGAAUACUUGGAACAUUGCUAGCUGCUUUACCUUUGCUUCAGGUGCUCGGUAAUGCUGGAGCUAUUCUUAGACAAAGAAAAGUCACGAAAGAAGUCCUUGAAGAUAUAUCAAGAACAUUCAUCAGUAUCACUCAUAUUUGGAUUUUUAAGGCCACCUGAUUUCUUCAUCAUGCAUUCUGCAUUUGCUAAAUGGCAGUUACUACAUCAAUCUGCAACUAUCAAAAAUGAGGGAAAAGGUUCAGGCUGUUAACAAUUCCAUGCAGUAUUUAAAUACACUUACUUCGGCAGAAUUUCUACUCUCCCCUUGUUCUCUUGCUUUGUUCCGGGCAAGUGUAAGGGGAACAUUUGUGCUGCUGUUCGUGCAACUGCUGUGUAUGCUGAGCCCCUGUUGUCAUGCCAGCCAGGUGCCAAGGCAGCUUAGCUACUGAGGUGUUGAAUGUUUUGAGGACAUUCUAGACAACAGCUUAGUUCCUUUUUCAGGCUCAUUUGCUUUUGCUUUUUUUUGUUGAAUGAUUCCAAUCGUAAAUAAAGCUUUUAAUAAUUUUGUGAA